AUGAUGUUCAUUUCUCUCCACAUCCCAAAACCACCUAAGGAUGUUCUUCUCUCCACAGUCCAAAACCACCUGAAGAUGUGUCAAGUCAUUCUCCACAUGUCAAAAUGCCAAGAUGCUGUUCAUUCUCUCCACAUGUCCAAACCACCUAAGGAUGUUGUUCAUUCUCUCCACAUGUCCAAACCACCUGAAGAUGUUGUUCAUUCUCUCCACAUGGCGAAUGCUGUUCAUUCUCACCUAAUUUCCAAAUCACCUAAAGAUGCUGUUCAUUCUCUCUACAUAUCCAAACAGCCUAAAGAGGCUGUUCAUUCUCUCCAUAUGUCCAAACUGCCUAAAGAGGCUGUUCAUUCUCUCCAUAUGUCCAAACUGCCUAAAGAGGCUGUUCAUUCUCUCCACAUGUCCAAACCACCAAAAGAUUCUGUUCAUUCUCUCCAUAUGCCCAAACCCCCUAAAUAUGAUGUUCAUUCUCUCCACAUGUCCAAAACACCUGAAGAUGCUGUUCAUUCUCUCCACAUGUCCAAAACACCUGAAGAUGCUGUUCAUUCUCUCCACAUGUCCAAACCGCCUAAUGAUGCUGUUCAUUCUCUCACAAGUCCAAACCCACCGAAAGAUGCUGUUCUUCUCUCCACAUGUCCAAAACACCUGAAGAUGCUGUUCAAUUCUCUCCACAUAUCCAAACCGUCUAAAGAUGCUGUUCAUUCUCUCCACAUGUCCAAACCACCUAAAGAUGCUGUUCAUUCUCUCCACAUGUCCAAACCGCCUAAAGAUGCUGUUCAUUCUCUCCACAUGUCCAAACCACCUGAAGAUGUUGUUCAUUGUCUCCACUUGUCCAAAUUACCUAAAGAUGCUGUUCAUUCUCUCCACAUGUCCAAACCACCGAAAGAUGCUGUUCAUUCUCUCCACAUGUCCAAACUGCCUGAAGAAGCUGUUCAUUCUCUCCACAUGUCCAAACUGCCUGAAGAAGCUUUUCAUUCUCUCCACAUGUCCAAACUGCCUGAAGAUGCUGUUCAUUCUCUCCACAUGUCCAAACUGCCUGAAGAAGCUGUUCAUUCUCUCCACAUGUCCAAACUGCCUGAAGAAGCUUUUCAUUCUCUCCACAUGUCCAAACUGCCUGAAGAUGCUGUUCAUUCUGUCCACAUGUCCAAACUGCCUGAAGAAGCUGUUCAUUCUCUCCACAUGUCCAAACUGCCUGAAGAUGCUGUUCAUUCUGUCCACAUGUCCAAACCGCCUAAAGAUGCUGUUCAUUCUCUCAUAUGUCCAAACUGCCUGAAGAAGCUGUUCAUUCUCUCCACAUGUCCAAGCCACCUGAAGAUGCUGUUCAUUCUCUCCACAUGUCCAAACCGCCCAAAGAUGCUGUUCAUUUUUUCCAUAUGUCCAAACUGCCUUAAGAAGCUGUUCAUUCUGUCCACAUGUCCAAACCACCUAAAGAUGCUGUUCAUUCUCUUCAUAUGUCCAAACCGCUUGAAGAUGCUGUUCAUUCUCUCUACAUGUCCAAACCGCCUGAAGAAGCUGUUCAUUCUCUCCCAUGUCCAAGCUGACUGA